CUCCUCCUUCCUCUGCACCGAUCUCCGCUACUUGCAAUCAGCGAGCACAGAGCCACCCACCGGAAAAGCUCCGAUCGCCGUUCAAUCGGACACUCUCCCGAUCGCCGGCGCCGGCCUCCGGGGACCUCGCUUCCGAUCAUGGCGGAGCCGGAGACCUCGAAGGCGAAGCCUCGGCCGAUCGUUCGACUGGGGACUCUGCUCAUAUCUCACAGCGUCUUCGUCAGUGUCGCUUGCUGCGUUUCUGGCGUUUUGGCUCUGCUCUUGCUGCCGAUUCUCGCCAAGAACACCUACAUUUCAGAAAAUGCCCUCAUGCCAGGUUCUGCGAGUCCAACGCUUUCGAAUCGGGAAGCGUCAGAUGCAAAUAGAUUGGUGAACGAGUUAAGUGACCUGAGCUCCAAAUCAAAUGAUGCAGGCAUAGUGCAGAGAUUAAUAGGGCGAUACAUAUCCGACUUGGGUGCAGAAGUUGGUUAUCAUCAGUUCCAUCCCGACUUGAGUCGGUUCCAUCCACUGCACUUCUUUUCUGUCCCUGAUACCGGAAUUGUUCAGGAAAACAUUAAUUGCUCUUGCCAUGGUGUCAGUGUUACUGGAAUAGUUAGAGCCCCACGUGGUGAUGGGAAAGAAGCUAUUGUCUUGGUGACACCUUAUAAUUAUAUAAAUGCUGGUCUGGCUGAUCGUUUAUCUUUAGGCAUUGCAUAUUCUGUGUUUUCCCUGCUUAGUCAGGUUACAUGGCUGGCCAAAGAUAUUAUUUGGCUUAUUGCGGAUUCACAGUGUGGGGAGUAUGCUGCAGUUGCUGCAUGGUUAAGAGAUUAUCACUCACCCGUAUUUAGCGGUUUUCGUGCUGAUAAUGCCCAUACGUGUGGUGAUAUUACAACGCAUCAUGAUGUGAAGGAGAAUGUGGCAAUGGACGUAAGCUCGCCUGAUAAUUUCAGACGUGCUGGAACAAUGGCUGCUGCCUUGGUUGUGAAGGUUGUGGAUAGGACCGAGCCAUUUGAGGACAGCCUAGGCGUUUAUGCUGAAGCAUCAAAUGGCCAGAUGCCAAACCUUGACCUCAUCAAUAUCGUGAACUAUCUAGCUGUGCAUAAACAUGGCUUGCGUGUUAAAGUGAGGAAAUUGUUUUCUUUGCUUGACACCAAAUGGCUGAGUUUCUUAGCUGAAGUACUGGAGUCAUUGGGUUCAAUUGCCAGAAAAUUAAACCCUCAAUGGAAAUUUGGUAUCCCUGCUGCUGAUUAUGUUGAUGGUACUGCCACACUAAUCGGAUCAUUAUAUUACCAGGCAUUAGGUAUUCCUACAGGACCUCAUGGCGCUUUUCGUGACUACCAAGUUGAUGCUGUCACCCUGGAAUUUUCACCAAGACAUUAUUCUAUUAGUAAGGGCGGCACCAAGGAUUUUAUUUUGCGAGGUGGCCGGUUGAUUGAAGGAGUUAUACGUUCUGUAAAUAACCUUCUGGAGAAGUUUCACCAGUCAUUUUUUCUGUACCUUUUGACAUCUCCUAGUAAGUUUGUGUCGGUAGGAGUCUACAUGAUUGCUUUUGCACUCCUUGUUGCGCCGCUUCCAGUCGCAGCAGCUUCUCUCUAUUCUAAAGCCAAUUGCUUGGAUACGAAUCUAGAUGAUGCCAAAAGUAUUUCUCCUCCAAAUGCCACAGUCAAUGAGCUUGUUAUCGGUGCAAGGUCAUGGAGAUGGAUUAAGGCAAUAAAAAAGGUGCUUAUUGUACACUUGUGGGGUACUACUGUUGCAUUGCUUCCAUACUUUAUAAGUCAGACACCCAGUUUGACCCCGGCAACAAAGUUAGCCGUCUGGGGCUUGUUCUUAGUAGUCUGCCUCCUAUUUCCAUAUUUUCUUCUGGGGUCUCCAUUUGCCGGUGUCAGUGGUACUGAAGGAUAUAAGCACGAGUGGGCGCUUCUGAAAUCAGCAACUAUUUCAGCUGCAUUCAUUGGUCUAUGUCUGAUGUCAGUUAUAAAUUUUGCCACGGCAGAAUUUGGGGCAUUACUGAUGGUUCCUAUGUGUUUGAUGGUUCAACCCCUGAAGCUUGACCUUAGAGCAGGGACUUCGAAAAACCUAGCUAGGGCUGCUCUUAAUUUGGUCUUGGCAUUUGUUGGCUUUCCUCCUGCCACCUAUUACAUAAUGAAGAGCACAUUCGGCAGUUUUGAUGGCAUCAAUAUUGUGGACUUCUGGUGCUGGGUUGAGUCCCUCUGGAGUUGGAACAGUGCAACAUACCUUUUCCUUGGUAUGGUUCACCUACCAUGCUGGCUCCUAUGCGUGCAAAUAUUACUUCACCCGUGAUGGCAUUUGGGUAAAAUUUUCUCAUGCACUAUCGGUUAGACAUGGCAUUUAGGAGGGUAAGGCGAUCAACAUCCGUCUUUGUGUUCAAGUUCUAGCUCUUGGUCAAGCUGACCUGUUUCCAAGCUACAAGGUCAAGGUCUCAUGAGCAGAAAGAUUUUCCUGUGAGACGCCCAUUUAUUAUGUCGUUAUUAAAGAGCUUCUUGGGGGCGAGUUUGCGUUGUGUGGAUCAUGAGAUUUUGCACCAAUUUGAUCCGCAAUAGUUGUGCCGUGGGGUGAAUUGUCCGAUCAACAGGUAAUUUCAACAACAGUCAGACCAUCAUAACUGCUCUUUAUUUGUAUGCCUUUUCCACUGCAAAUCCCAUUAGAAUGGGAUCUGCAUUUUGUUCGUUUGUAUCUUAUUGUUAGACAUGAUGGGUUUUAACUCUUCAGUUCUUCUCACUAGUGUACCUAUAGAGUUCUAGUUUAGCA